AUGACAGAAUUAGAGCAACUUAGGAAACAGUUUGAGGAGAUGCAGGAGAGGUUCAAUGACCAAGCCCAGGCACUGAUGCAAGCCAGAAGCGAGCAAAGAGAAGCUCUGGCCUUAGCUAAAUCGGUCAUAGACCAGCAGAAAGAAAAGCCCCCUGCUGCUACGGUGUAUAUCCCCAGAGAUCGCAAAAUUUCAGAUUUCACUGGUAAGCCAGGUGAUGUGGAUGUUGAGGAAUGGAUCUCAUCGAUGAAGUCGACCCUUCAAGUCAUGAAGAUCCCCGUAGAAGAUCAAGCAGAGUUCAUCAAGCAGCAUCUUAAAGAGGAAGCUAAACUCACAGUCAAGUAUGUGGCAGAAGACAGAGGCACCCGGCUCAAAGAAUUCUAUGACCGCAAGCAGAUGCCUGGAGAGACCAUACGUUCCUACGCCUAUGACAUCCAAGAGAGACUAAUGCGGAUUCAGCGCAGAGAUGCUAAGCGCGUCCCAGAUGCAGAUGGAAUGCUGAAAGAACAGCUUGCUCUUGGGCUCAAAGAUGACAUUUUGAGGAGAGAAAUCAAGAGAAGAUUAAAGCAAAAGGAGAGCCUUACCCGCGCUGAGCUAAUGCAAGAUGCCAUUUCAUGGUCUGAGGAGGAAGAGGUCCAGGCUUCUGAUGUGGGCAAAAGCGGUACCCGCGCCAAAGGCACUGUUAAUGCUACCAGGGCGACCGAUGAAGCUACCUCACAGUUGACAAUGGAGGCGCUGCAUGAAGCAAUACAAAAGAUAGCCAUCCGCCAAGAUGAACUGUUCCAGAUGAUGGGUCGCAGAGGCAGUAGCAGGAUACAAGGGCAGGACGGGAAGGAAAGAAGCCCGCCAUUGAAGAACCAAGAGGGGCAGUUUAUCUGCUACACGUGUAAUGAGCCUGGGCACACGAGCAGACGCUGUCCUCUGAACAGGGGAGCUAUAGGCAUGACCCGCCCCCCGUUCAGAGGUGAUGGGCUGUCUGAGCCUGUGGGAAACAACCCAGUACGGGCGGAGCACCCAAGUCCAGAUGCCCCUGUAGUUAAGAGUCACCUGGCAAUGCAGUUCAAUAACACUCCCGGAGCCCUGAAUGAAAGUGCCUUUGGAAACUGCUUGGCCGUUGAAGUGAAGAUAGCAGGCAUUAAGACGGACUGCCUUUUGGACACUGGGUCGGAGGUGACCACAAUCCGGGAGUCUUACUUUCGAGAACAUUUUGGAGAGGUCACUUUGUCCUCAGCCAACUGGGUCCAGCUCACCGCUGCAAACGGUCUCGAAAUUCCCCUCCUUGGAUGCCUGGAGGCUGAAGUGGAGUGCAUGGGGAAGACCGUUGGCAGAAAAUGUAUCUUUGUCCUCAAAGAGGACAACCCAGACGUGGAAGAGAUGAAAGGCCUCCCUGGUAUCCUGGGGAUGAAUGUGCUGGGUGAACUGAAAGACCUUUUUGUGGCCACAGACGGAGUGAAGAAGAUGAAUAAGUAUCGGGGAACUGAGGCCAAAGUUCAGAGAGUGCUGGCGAACAUCAGAAAGGAGGCAAGGAUUCUCGGACAGAGUGACCGAAUAGGCUAUGUGAAAGUGGCUGGAAGCGAGAUAGUCACCAUUCCCCCAUUCAGUGAACGUAUCCUCGAAGGUCGUUGCGGAGUGCCCUCGAAAACAAGCUGUCAAGUGUUAGUGGAGGCCACUUCCGGGGUGAGCUUGCCAAAGAGCCUCCUAGUUGCUAACGUGCUUGCUAAAACCACUAGUGGUCGGGUGCCCAUCCGGGUGCUGAAUUCCAGUGAGAAGCCAGUGAGACUGAAACCAAGGUCACGGGUUGCGGUAGCGUAUAAGCCACAGCAGGUUCUGCCAAAGGAACUCAUAGAGUUUGAAGAGAAAGAGGGAGAGCUGCAUGUGAAGGCUAUUGAAACGGCCCUUACCCAGGCUGAAGGGGGUGAAACAGAGCAGCUACCUGUCCCAGUUCAAGUUAGCCUUGAAGGGCUCUCUCCCAUCCAGUGCCAUAAGCUGAGAGAUUUAUUGGCCAAGUAUCAGGAUGUAUUCUCAAAAAGCGACUCAGAUUUUGGGUACACCACUUCUGCUACCCACAGUAUACCAACAGGAGAUGCCCCGCCCAUUAAGCAGAGGCACCGCCGGGUUCCACCUCAGGUUUUCCAGCAGUUUAAGAAACACAUCCAAGAUCUGGUCUCUCAAGGAGUUCUUAAAGAGAGUUGUAGCCCCUGGGCCUCACCUGCCGUGAUUGUACUGAAGAAAGAUGGCAGUGUGAGAUUUUGUUGUGACUAUCGGAGGCUAAACCAGGUGACAUGCAAAGACGCCUUCCCACUGCCCCGUGUUGACGAAUCGCUCGACGCAUUAGGGAAGGCACAGCUGUUUUCAACCCUGGACUUAACCUCUGGCUAUUUCCAAGUGGCCAUGGACGAUGCAGACCGGGCUAAAACAGCAGUCACCACUCCAUUUGGUCUGUUUGAGUGGUCGAGAAUGCCAUUUGGGCUAUGCAACGCUCCGGCCACGUUCCAACGACUAAUGGGCGUGGUGCUCGGCGAUCUCACGUUUGAAGUGCUACUCAUCUACUUGGACGAUGUCAUAGUCUUUUCCAGUGACUUCGCUACCCAUUGUGAGAGACUUGAACUCGUGUUCCAGAGGCUGAGGCAGCACGGCCUAAAACUUAAGCCCAGCAAGUGCCACCUCCUGAGGGAGGAAGUGAAGUUUCUCGGCCACAUAAUAUCCGCUCAAGGCAUCCGGGUGGAUCAGGAGAAGGUGCGAGCUUUGGAGACGUGGACACCCCCUAAGUCAGUGAGAGAAGUGAGGCAGGUUCUGGGGUUCAUGAGUUACUACAGAAGGUUUGUUCCCAGGUUUGCCCACCUAGCUCGCCCUCUCCAUGCUCUGGUCGGCAAGGGAGGUAAAGCUGGUCCUGCAGAGCCGUUCAGAUGGAGUGAUGAUUGUCAACAUGCUUUUGAAGAGCUGAAGCGUAGCCUGAUGAACCCACCGGUUCUUGCUUACCCUGACUUUAGCUUACCCUUCAUCCUUACCACUGAUGGAAGUCUCCAGGGCCUGGGAGCUGUUUUAAGCCAAAAGCAGGGAGGAGUCGAGUAUGUCAUUGCCUUCGCCAGUCGGGGUCUGCGUGGGGCUGAAAAGAACGACAAGAACUACAGCGCGUUCAAGUUAGAGCUGCUUGCACUUAAAUGGGCAAUGACCGAAAAAUUUAAGGAAUAUUUAAUGUAUUCCAAGUUCACAGUCGUAUCCGAUCACAACCCGCUGCGGUACCUGGGUUCUGCCAACCUAGGAGCAGUAGAGCAACGUGGUGUAGCCCAGCUUGCAGAGUACAACUUUGAAGUCUGUUACAGGCGCCGGUGUCAAAAUACUGAACGCUGA